ACCUCAAUGGCGAUGUAUGUCUUCUUCUGCAAUUGAUUCUGCAAAGAAAGAAGGCAGUUUGUGUCCUCCCACCGUCCAAGGCCAAGAGAAAAUCUUCCCUGCACACAUCGAAAGUAUCGCCGAAUCAAUAGCGAAACUAACACUUUUGGAAGUAGCAGACCUAAAUGAACUUCUUAUUAAACGACUAAAUAUAAAGGCCCCUUCACACGGCAUGGCCUUUAUGCCAGCGGCGGCACCCCAGGCCGGCCCCGCAACCGAUGCUGUAGAAACCGAGGAGGUCGAGCAAGUAGCAACAAAGACCGCGUUCACUGUCAAACUGAUGAAAUUCGAUGCCGCUAAGAAAGUUCCGCUCAUAAAGGAAAUCAAGGCACUUCUUCCGGACAUGAAUUUGGUGCAGGCGAAGAAGUUUGUUGAGGCUGCUCCGGGUGUCCUGAAGAAGGACAUGAGUAAGGACGAAGCAGAAGCAAUGAAAAAGACGCUAGAGAGCUGUGGAGCAACCGUGGAGAUUGAGUAA